AUGAACAAAUAUUUACUCACAUUCAAAAACCCAUAGAUUGAAGCAAAAUAUUAAUCAACAAGUAUUGGUGAAAUUAGAAUGACAAUGUUUACAUUAAUAACUUUAGGUUUUGCAGUUGUGUUUAUAGUUAGAAUAGGGUAAGGUCUACUUUAAUAAAAUUACUUUAAUGUUUAUACAUAUAUAGCUAUGAUCACCUAUUUUUUUGUGCAGUAUCUUUUAAGUAAGAAAUACAAACAAUUUUUGAGACCAUCAUUAAUUUUGCUGAAUCAUGUCUUUACUAUAUAUUUUUUGUUUGUUGAAGAAUCUUCUGAUUCCUUAUCAGCUCAUCUUAGAGGUGUAAAUUAAAUGGGAUCAAAUUUUUUAAUCAUUUUAGCUGGUGAAUAUAUUGAUGCAAUGUUUUCUCUUAUUUCAAUAUCAAUUAUCAGAAUUAUCAUUAUAUUUAAUAAGAGUACUAGCAUUGAGUAUUCAGCUAUAUUUUCAGCCUUUAUACUCAUACUUUAUGCAUCUAGAUAUUUAUAUUAAUAUCAUAAAGCAAUAAGAUCAUAAUAUCUAUUAACUUUGGUUGAUUAAUCAUGGGAAAAUAUAUUAACUUAAAUUACUAAGUAAAUCCCAUAUAUUUUGAUAUCUUUCGAUGAAGAAUAAUUUAAAUUCUAAAUUAUUAAAAUAUUGAAUUGCCAACGAUUAUUUAUUACUAAUGAAGAUGCAUUAAAAUUUUUAAGAGAAGCAAAACAUAAUGAUAAAACUAUUGAAUAGUUAAUAUAUAAUGAAAUUAAGAAUUUUAAACAAAAUUGUGUAGAUCUGUUCAACAAAACAAUCACAAUUUCACAUUAAAAAUUAAUAAUUAAAAUUGAAUAUUCUGUUUAUUUCAGUAAUAAACCAACAAUCCUUCUUGUGUUUCCUGAAAUAUCAAAUAUUUCUUAAAAAAAUAAUGAACUUAUGCAAUCAAGAUAUGAAUAAUUAUUAAAUAUAAUUAUCAAGAUAUGUCAAGUAAUUUAAAAAAAGAAUAUCACAGAAGAUUAUCUUGGGAAAGUAUAAAAAAAAUUAAUCAUUAUUAAACUCAUUUAAGAUUUAAAUAAUUCAUAAAUCAAAUCUAAAACUGUUAAUCUAGCAAACAUUUUUUAACAUUUAAAUUAAUUGUAUAAAUGGAAAAAAAUUACAAUUCUUAAUGAGUUAUAAAUCAAAAUUAGAACUUGUCCAUCUAUAUUUAGUUUUUUUCUAAUUACAAUAAUGGAAGCUCUAUAAUCAAAUGAGUUAUUCAUUUCUUUUAAGGUUAAAUCGGAAUAAUUCAUUGAAUUCGAAUUUUAAGGAUAUUUUGUUGAAUAUGAUUUAAUUUCUAUUAAAAAAGUCUUAGCUUAUGAAUAUAGUUUAAUCAUUAAGCAUUUAGAAAUUUCCUAAAAUAGUAAUAUAUAUUAUUUAUCAUAAUAGAAAUUUAAUUUAAAUUAUAUUAAUAAGCCUAUGUACCAUUUAAAAUAUAAUCUUACUCAACCACUUUGUUAUGA